AGUUUUCGCUGCCUGCAUAAUUAUCAUUUAAAUGAGCUGUUUAGCAAACGGUAAAGAGAAUGUGCGAAUUUCUGCUUUUUCCAGUCUUCAAAAGUCCUCUGAAAUGUCGUGGCCUGAGCCUAAUCCAUUAGAGAAGUUAAACUGGCUGAUACACUUGCAACAUGUCAGAGGUGAAACCCAGCAGUGCAAGGAGCUUAUCAAAAGCGAAAUUAAAAAGAGCGGAGGAAGGAACGAAUUUGCUUAUUUUAAACAGGGCAUGAUUCUACGAGAAGAAGGCAAAAUUCAAGAAGCUUUAGAAUCGUUCCAGAUUUGUAUGAAACUGAAUCCCGAACACGCAGACAAUAUCAAAGAAGUAGGAAAAUGCUUAUACGAAAUGCGUAGAUUCAGGCUAUCGCUCGAGGCGUACUUAGAAGCUGAAAAGGUUUCGAGCUGUCCCGACUGGCAGAUUUAUUACAACAUAGGACAGUGUUUGAUGCGACUGGGAGAAAUACCGAAAGCCAAAGAAUACGCACACAAAGCUGUUCAGAUCGGAAAGCACGAGAAUGCGUAUUCUUUGUAUAUCAAGAUUUUGGUCGCUGAAGGAGAUUUGCGGACGGCAGUUGCAGUAUGCAACGCAUCGAUAGAAUCUUGUCCCGAUAGUGUCAACAUGUUAACUGAAGCCGGUAUUUUGUGCCUUAAGAUGGGCCAAACGCAACACGCUUUCGAAAAACUGAGUUCCGCUCUCGCUUUGGACCCAGCUUGUUCUAAAGCUCUUCUAGGCAUCGGCUGCAUCACUCAGUCACACGACGAAUACGAUGUUGCUUUGACGAAGUACAAAGUGGCUGUUUCUUAUGAACCCAAUUCGAUUGCUUUGUGGAAUAAUAUUGGGAUGUGCUUUCAUUCAAAGCAGAAGCAUAUUGCGGCCAUAAGCUGUCUGAAGAGAGCCCUAUGGCUAUCCCCGACAAACUGGAGAGUUCUUUUCAACUUGGGUCUCGUACAUCUAGCGACUUAUCAAGCGGCAUCUGCAUUUAACUUCUUGUGUGCUGCGGUUAAUCUCCGACCCGACGUUCCUCAUUCUUUCACCAGCCUGGGAUGUGCUUUGUUUGAGCUCAACGAUUACGAAAAUGCCGGAAGAGCAUUCCGACAGGCCCAGGCCCUGGCUCCGGAAGAUCCGCUGAUUAUCGUCAAUAACGUUUUGUGUUUGCUGCUUUCGGAUCGCAAGCAAGAGGCGAUGGAAAUGAUUGAGAAAUUUAAUCUGGUGGCGCAGCAGGAUGGAGCCGUUGCUAAAGACGUGGCAACGCUUGCUGAAAAAUUAGCUGCUAAAUUAGAGGAUUCAGUUUCAAGCGAAAACAGAACAGCAAACGGGAUAUGUUCGGAGCACGAAGAACUAAACAAUAAUGGAGACGGAUUCGAAAAUGAUAACAUGGCAGCAGUGGCGGCUGUAGCCUCCGGUAAUUUGUCGAGGGAGUUUGAACCCGACGAAGUGUAGGGAAUUAAAUGAAAUUAGAAAUGUUUAGUUUUGUCGUACGUAUUUUCUUGUUACGUAGAUUUUCUUCAUGUUAGCACAUGAAGACGUAUUGUUUAGAUGUUUAAUAAAACAUUAUGUUGA